AUGGAUGGAUCACCCAAUUUCUUCCGAAAUAACGUCCGAGAUGAAGAGGCCGAUGGGAACGAUCCCUUCGACCCCCAGUACAUUAGCGACCACCCCUAUACUAACAAUGCGCCAUUCGAUACCGACCCAGAUGGUUCUUCCAUCGAUGCGCCAUUAGACCAGUUGUCCAACGCCCUCCGCAUGGACUUGAUUCGUGCCCAAAACUCGAAAGUAUCUUCAAGUACUCGGCCAAGAUACCAACUAGAAAUGUCGUCGCAAAUGAACCCAGUCAUGGUCGGAUAUCCCAUGUCGGCGAGCAGAUCCCCGGAAAUACCAGGAGCUCACCUUUCGCAACACACUGUGAUGCUUAAAAAUGAGAACGCAGACGACGAUUCGAACAUCGUCAUGAUGGAGGUAAACGGCACACAGCCACCAGAAUCCUCCACCACCAAGAAGAAGAAAAAGAAGCAAAGGAGGUGGCAAGCCAAAGAAGGUACCAACAAGCCGGAAGGGGAGGUGGUCAAGCGAAACAAGUUCUUGGAAAGAAACCGGGUUGCGGCGACGAAAUGUCGCCAGAAGAAGAAAGAAUGGGUAUCGGAUCUCGAGGGAACGAGGUUCGGGCUGGAGAGUCAGAAUAACCACCUCCAGAUGGAGUACAGCAGUUUGAAAAACGAAAUCACCCAGAUCAAAUCGCAACUAAUGGAACAUGCCACUUGCAAUGACCCAAACAUUGACAAGUGGAUCGAGAACGAGGCCAAGAGGUUUGUCCUCGGAGCCGGAGAGCGGUACGAUCGGAUAUUGACCAACAUCGAUCCCACCACCGGUCUGGUCCACCACCAACACCAACACUACGAGAGCACUUCUUCCACCUCCGGGUAUCCUACAGCCCCGGGUUCCGCGGAGUUCGUCAGCCCGGCCACUCCGGUACAUCGGGACAGUAUAUCAUUCCCGGACCCCCUAAUGCCCAACUCGCCCAUCUUCUACCGCACGGGUGGCAUGGCGCCGAACAUGCCGUCGGGGAGUGCUGGCACUUCCGGGCUUGUGGAGGAUACGUAUUCUAUGGACCGCAUUCCCACUUCGCUGGCGGAUGAUACGACUGGCUUGGACAGCGUGACCAUGGCGGAGAAUUCGUUUCAAGACUCGACGAUCCCUGGAGACUGA